AUGGCAGAAGCUAAGACUCACUGGCUUGGAGCAGUCCUGUCUCUCAUCCCUUUAAUUUUCCUCCUCUCUGAAGCUGAAGCUGCUUCAUUUCAGAGAAACCAGCUGCUUCAGAAGGAACCAGAUCUCAGAUUGGAAAAUGUCCAAAAGUUUCCCAGUCCUGAAAUGAUCAGGGCUUUGGAGUACAUAGAAAAGCUCCGACAACAAGCUCACAAAGAAGAAAGCAGCCCAGACUACAACCCCUACCAAGGUGUUUCUGUUCCCCUUCAGCAAAAAGAAAACGGUGACUUGCCAGAAAGUUCGAGGGAUUCCCUGAGUGAAGAUGAAUGGAUGAAGAUAAUAGCUGAAGCUUUGAGACAGGCUGAAAAUGAGCCCCAGUCUGCCCCAAAGGAAAACAGGCCUUAUACUUUGAAUUCAGAGAAGAGCUUUCCAAUGGACAUGCCUGAUGAUUAUGAGACUCAACAGUGGGCAGAGAGAAAGCUCAAGCACAUGAGAUUCCCUCCUAUGUAUGAAGAGAAUUCCAGGGACAACCCCUUCAAACGCACAAAUGAAAUGGUGGAGGAGCAAUACACUCCUCAAAAUCUUGCUACAUUGGAGUCUGUCUUCCAAGAGCUGGGGAAACUGACGGGACCAAACAACCAGAAGCAUGAGAGGGCUGACGAGGAGCAAAAACUUUACACAGACGAUGAAGAUGAUAUCUACAAGGCUAAUAACAUUGCCUAUGAAGACGUGGUUGGGGGAGAAGAUUGGAACCCAGCAGAGGAAAAAAUAGAGAGUCAAACUCAGGAAGAGGUAAGAGACAGCAAAGAGAAUGCAGACAAAACUGAGCAAAUCAAUGACGAAAUGAAGCGUUCCGGGCAGCUGGGCCUCCAAGAUGAAGAUCUCCGGAAAGAGAGUAAAGACCAACUCUCAGAUGAUGUCUCCAAAGUAAUUGCCUAUCUGAAAAGGUUAGUGACUGCUGCAGGAAGUGGGAGGUCCCAGAAUGGGCAAACUGGGGAAAGAGCAACCAGGCUCUUUGAGAAACCACUUGAUCCUCAAUCUAUUUAUCAGCUGAUUGAAAUCUCAAGGAAUUUACAGAUACCCCCUGAAGACUUGAUUGACAUGCUCAAAACUGGAGAGAAGCCAGUGGAACCAGAGCAGGAGCUUGAGAUUCCUGUUGAACCUGAAGACAUCUCAGAGGUUGACUUAGACCAUCCAGAUCUGUUCCAAAAUAAGAUGCUCUCCAAGAAUGGCUACCCCAAAGCACCUGGUCAUGCUGUGGCAGAGGCCCUACCAGAAGGGCUCAGUGUGGAGGACAUUCUAAAUCUUUUAGGGAUGGAGAGUGCUGCAAAUCCAAAGCCUCCAUAUUUUCCCAAUCAGUAUAACCGAGAGAAAGUGCUGUCAAGACUGCCCUAUGGUCCUGGAAGAUCUAAAGCUAACCAGCUCCCCAAAGCUGUCUGGAUGCCAGAUGUUGAAAACAGACAGAUGGCAUAUGAGAACCUGAAUGACAAGGAUCAAGAAUUAGGAGAGUACUUGGCCAGGAUGCUGGUUAAAUACCCUGAGAUCAUGAAUGCCAACCCAGUGAAGCGAGUUCCCAGUCAAGGCUCAACUGAAGAUGAUCGACAGGGUGAGACCCAAAUCGAGCAGGCCCUCAAAGAGCAUUUGAGUCAACACAGCUCUCAGGAGACUGACAAACUGGCCUCGGUAAGCAAAAGGCUCCCUGUAGGGACCCCAAAGAGUGAUGAUACUUCCAACAGACCGUACUUAGAUGAAGAUCUGUUAGUGAAAGUGCUGGAAUACCUCAACCAAGAAAAGGCAGAAAAGGGAAGGGAGCACAUUGCUAAGAGAGCAAUGGAAAAUAUGUAA